AUGGCUUCUCAUCACGUUCUCCUUCUUGGCGGCCACGGCAAAAUCGCCCAGCUUCUCACUCCUCUCCUCCUCAAGCGCUCGUGGACUGUAACCAGUGUCAUCCGAACUUCUGAACAGACCCCUGCCAUCGAAAAACUUGGUGCCGGCCUCCCCGGUAAACUCAAUGUUCUAGUACGUAGCAUUGAGGACGUCACAUCCCAGGAUAAGGCCUUGAGUAUCUUGAAUGAAGUCAAGCCCGACUAUAUUGCUUGGAGUGCUGGUGCUGGAGGUAAAGGUGGCGCAGAAAGAACUUUCAAGGUGGACCGAGAUGCCGCCGUUCACUUCAUCAAUGCCGCAGCAUCUGUACCUACCAUCACCAAGUUUCUUCUUAUCUCAUACCUAGCUUCUCGUCGAUCUGGUGCUUCAUGGUGGCCUGCUGGCGAGUGGGAUGAGUAUAAUGAAAAGGUCAACAACGGCGUAUUGGCAAACUAUUACAAGGCCAAGAUCGAAGCCGAUGAGACCCUCUACAAGGUCUCCAAGAAGAGUCCUACUCUUGUUGGCAUCGAUCUGAGACCCGGAACUCUGACUGAUGACCCAGCCACCAAAGUUGAGUUUGGUAAAACCAAGAGCAUCGCUAAGAACGGUGUUAGCCGCGAGGCUGUUGCUGAGGUUGCCUCACAUCUUCUCGUUGCCGAUGGUGUCAAGAACGGCUGGUAUGAUCUCCUCGAUGGUGACGAGGAUAUUCCAGCUGCCGUCGAAAGAGUUGUGCGCGAGAACGUGGAUGCUGCUGAGGGCGAGGCCAUCUAUGAUGCCUAA